AAAAACAAUAAGUGAAAGAAAGAAGUGAAAAGGCUGUAAAGAUUUCUUAAAUUUGCUAUUUUGUUCUGUCAAGUUUUAUCUCGAUUUUUUUUCUAAAAGACAGUGACAGCAGUCCACUGCCCUCUAUCCUAAGCGUUUUCAUGAGGAGCCUUCCACUCUGUUUGUUGCUGCCUGUUGCAGUGUUGCCAUGGCAACGGCGUAUCUUAUUUUAUUUUGUGAAGACGACAGUAUAUUAAAUGGAGGUCACUGGGAGCCGUUACAAAGGGGAAACAAAAAAUGGCAGGAUGGAGGGAAAAGGAGAAUAUACCUUUCCAACAGAGACCAAGUAUGAGGGAGAGAUGAAAGAUGGGAUGUUCCAUGGCAAAGGAGUGCUACAUUUUCCAAAUGGAAGUAAAUAUGAGGCCACUUGGGAAAACGGCAUAGCAAAACAGGGGUCUUUUACCUUUGCUGAUGGUCUGCGGUGCCAGGAAAAGGACUGGGACUACUGCGAUGGUUAUGACAGACGCUUCUACAGUGAGAGAUGCAAUGGCCUCAGACCUGCAGGAGAAUCUCAGCUAACUGAUCUGCAUCCUCCACGUGUUAUUCCUGAGUGGUGUUACGAUUGCGGAGAUGGUUUCUAUGACCCCACCACGAAAGUUGUCACCUCUUACAUGGGAAGAUUCCUCAGGAAUGCAGAUGACUCGGAACAUGAGUGGAUUGUGCGCACUUGUCGGAAAGCGUGGGAUGAGGUUGUUGGCAUUGAUCCUGAAAAAUCUCCUUCAAUCAGACCUGAAGAGAUCAGCAAUAUUAAGUGAUAGACCUGCUUUUUAUUUUAGAACUGCACUUAACAUUUUCUUUUUAUUGAUAUUAAAUCUAUAGGAAAUGU